UCUUCGUGCUCUCUGGGAGAUGGAUAAGUAUGAGAAACUGGCUAAGAUCGGCGAGGGCUCAUACGGAGUGGUGUUCAAAUGCAGACACAGGGACACCGGUCAGAUAGUGGCCAUUAAAAAAUUUGUUGAGUCUGAGGAUGACCCGGUCAUCAAGAAGAUCGCACUGAGAGAAAUCCGCAUGCUGAAGCAGCUGAAGCAUGUGAAUCUGGUGAACUUGCUUGAGGUCUUCAGGAGAAAGAGACGUCUUCAUCUAGUCUUUGAGUUCUGUGAGCAAACUGUUCUAAAUGAACUGGACAAACACCCCAGAGGGGUUCCUGAGGCACAACUCAAGAGUAUUGUGUGGCAAACUCUACAGGCCGUGAACUUCUGUCACAAACACAAUUGUAUCCAUCGGGACGUCAAACCGGAGAACAUUCUUCUGACUAAGACCGGUGUGAUCAAACUAUGUGAUUUUGGCUUUGCUCGCAUCCUCACUGGUCCAGGUGAUGAUUAUACUGAUUAUGUGGCAACACGAUGGUACCGGGCCCCAGAGCUCUUGGUCGGAGAUACUCAGUACGGUCCCCCAGUGGAUGUGUGGGCCCUCGGUUGUGUCUUUGCCGAACUACUUUCUGGAAAUCCUCUUUGGCCGGGACGUUCUGACGUGGAUCAGCUGCACCUCAUACGACAAACAUUGGGUGACUUGAUCCCACGGCAUCAGCAGGUGUUCCGCUCCAAUGUCUUCUUUAGUGGAGUCAGCAUCCCUGAGCCUGAUAUCAUGGAGCCACUAGAGAAGAGGUUCCAUGGUGUUUCUCCUCAUGCUAUUACUGUGAUGAAGUCCUGCCUAGUAAUGGAUCCAUCUGGUAGGUUGUCAUGUGAAGAGCUUUUAGAGCUGCCAUACUUCCAGGAAGAUGGGGGAACAGGAUGGGGCAGAGAAACUGAUCGUCUCCCAAGACGCUAUGAGAAAGGCACAAGACGCAGAGCUCCCGCGCCUCAAUACUUCCCCCAGCUGACCAAUAGUAACAUCUCACCAGCACCUGAAAUGAAGAAUAAAAACAGACACAAACAUGACCAUCAUCUACCCAACAUCUGACCUUGGGACUGGUGCAAAGGUGUUUGGUA